AUGUCUCAGAGCACCUCACUCCCACAGCUGCUGCUAAAGUCAGUGAGGAGCAUAGCCCGACAGAGUGGAGAGCUGUGUGCAGCUGCUGGCUUACCUUUUGCAAUUCUCACUUCGAGGCAUACCCCCUUCCAGAGAGGCGUUUUCUGUAAUGAUGAAUCCAUCCAGUAUCCUAUCAAAGAGGACACCAUUUCUUAUCAGUUGUUAGCAGGAAUAAUUGUUCCUCUCGAUAUAAUUGUUAUAAUCAUAGGAGAAGCCCUGUCUGUCUAUUAUAACCAUUUGCACUCAAAUUCGUUUGUCAGAAAUAACUACAUAGCCACUAUUUACAAAGCCAUUGGGACAUUCAUUUUUGGUGCGGCUGCUAGCCAAUCACUGACGGACAUUGCCAAGUAUUCCAUUGGUAGAUUGCGGCCUCACUUCCUGGCUGUAUGCCAACCUGAUUGGACACAAAUCAACUGCAGUCUAGGUUACAUUGAAAACUUCCCAUGCCAAGGAGACAAAGCAAAAGUAAAUGAAGGCAGACUGUCAUUUUACUCUGGGCAUUCUUCAUUCUCUAUGUACUGCAUGCUGUUCCUAGCACUUUAUCUUCAAGCCAGAAUGAAAGGAGACUGGGCAAGACUGCUGCGUCCUACAGUGCAAUUUGGCCUUGUUGCGGCAUCUAUCUACGUGGGUCUCUCACGUGUCUCUGACUAUAAACAUCAUUGGAGUGAUGUGUUGACUGGACUCAUUCAAGGAGCAGUAAUAGCUAUACUUGUUGUUGCAUACGUAUCAGACUUCUUCAAAGUGAGGGGCUGUACAUUUAAACCCAAAGAAGAUUCGCAUACAACUCUACAUGAGACACCAACAAAUGGAAAUCACUAUGGCAGCAAUCACCAACCGUGAAGGAUUGAGAGUCCCACCCUGUGACAUCCUGCUUUUUUGAGGGGAAAAUGAUUUCAUGAGUCUCCCUGACCUAUGUAAUAUAAAUUAAAUGCCUUUAAGGGACUGCUGCUGCUCUUGGAUGCUCAAUUUACUUGUAUAUAGUAACAUUUAACACCAUUAUGUAUAUCUAAUGCUUUAAAAAUUUUAAAUUUUUACUGGUUCAAGGUCUUGCUUAAAAAGCUAAUCAAACUGUAAAUUUUUAUUAAAAUAAUGUGGUAACACUUACAUUACAUAAA